CACUGAAAGGCAGCACUGAUACAUGGCACUGAUAGGCGGCACUGAUGCGCACUAAUAGGUGGCACUGAUUGGCAGCACUGAUAGGUGGCACUGAUUGGCAUUGAUAGGUGGCACUGACUGGCACUGAUGGAUGACACUGAAAGGCAGCUCAGAUGGGCACUGAUAUGUGGCAUUGAUGUGGCACUGAUGGACACUGACAGCUGGCACUGCUGGGGCUGCACUGAUCAUCAGGGCACACUGAUCAUCAGUGCUCUGAUGAUCUGUCGUGACAGCUCGUGAGGAGAGAAGUGCCGAUAACCGGCAUUUCCCUGUUUACAUGUGAUCAGCUGUGAUUGGACACAGCUGAUCA